AUUGUGUUUAUCUAUUCCACGUACGAUCUAAAAAGAAGAAAAAGUGCAAGAUAAGUUAGGUGCAGCUCGACGAGCAAGGAGUGAAUUCGUUAGGUGUUCAAUGGGAUCCAUAUUCGGUGAUCGUGACCGUGUGUAAAGCUAUUUUGGUUCGAAGGGGUUAACGGAUUUGUCGUCACGACGGUCAUCGAUGGUCUACGCUACUAACCUCGAGCGAAACAUGGUCCCCUAUUUGUGAAUUGGAAGGAUGCCUGAUGUGCCCACUCGUGGUUAGCCGGGAAAAGUAUGUGAUCUUUCUUAAGGUGCGAUGGAGCCUCGCGGAGCCGGCUUUUACUAUGAGUUGAGGCCUCGUAAUUAAUCGGGACUGGCAUGGAGAAGGAGAACUCCGCAUCGGGCGGAGGCGGCGGAGGUGGCGGAGGCGAAGCGGCGGCCACGGCGACUCCGGGCGCCACCUCCGCCUCCGAGAAACUCCAGGCGGACCAGGCCAAUCCGUUGCUCGAUCCGACUGCGCUCUUCGGUGCGUAUUGGCCUCGGGGCGACAGUGCAGCUUCGUCGCUUUUCGGUGGGAUGCCUGGUGGAUAUGGGUUGGGGGCCCAUCAUUUGCCAUCGGCUUACGCCAUCCUGGGCCGAGGUGGCUCUGCUCCCGGUUUUGGGAGCCACACACCGGCCUCUGCACCACCACCACCCCCCUACUCCCACAGCAGUCUUGGUACCCUGAGCGUGGCCGCCAGUCAAGCUGCGAGUUUAGGUAUCAAUCCUGCGAGUGCAGCAUGGUGGACGAUGGCCUCGCACCUGGCGGCACACGACUACCUCGCGAGGUUACAAGGGGCGGCGGGACUCCCCGGAUUUCCGCCCGGUGCUGAGAGUCUUCUGCCACCCUAUCCGGCCUCUCUACUUAAUCCCCCGUCCCUUUCGUCACACAAGUCCAGUAAGUCUAAGUCAAGCAAGAGUCACAAGACGCCAGCCAACAGCAGCAGCUCGACGACGCCUAGCAUGACGAGCAGCAGUUUGCCGGUGUCGACGCAAGCACCGAUCACGUCCUCCCAUCAUAAUACCUCGGCCAGCAGCACGCCAAAUUCGCAAACGAACGUCGUCAGUUCUGCGAAGGAAGGCAGCGACCCUAGCAGUAUAUUGGGAGGUGUGCGGCUGCCUCCCGACACAGAGAUCAUCAAGUACACGUCGAGCAUAGUCGGUCCGAAGGUACCUGGCACGACGAACCGCGGCAGGAAGAAGACGAUAUCCUUGGACACGCCGAGCGUAAGCGUGCACCCGCCGCCGGUUCCUGCUCUUAGCGCUCAUCAGACAAACACGACGACAACGUCAUUGAUGAUGGAACCGAGAAAGUACAACCGCACAGGGACCGAGUCGAACGACUAUAGAGAGCCGGUGGAUCGCGUGGAAGUGAUCAAAUUGCCAGCUCAUUCGACCAACGGUUCCGUUCUGUCGGCGCCCACGUCGUACACAACCACUACCAACGCGAACAGUUCGAACGAUUCGGACGCGCCGCUGAACCUCUCUCUGAAACCUGCGACGACGAGCAGUAGCUCGCCAAUUUCUAGUAGUCAGCCACUCAGUCAGCUCAGUAAUUUAAGCCAGUCGUUACUCGCCUCCGAUCGAACAUCGAGACGAAAGCCAGGUCCAAAGCCUCGAAGGGUGCCUCAGAACUCGGUCCCGGUGCCAGCGUCGCCUAGUCCAUCGCUGGCGCAGCUCUUCGCAGCUGCGGAUUCGCCGCAGCGGCCGAGCAGCGGAAGCGAGGAAAGUGAGAGCGCCAGCACGACUCACCACAAAGAUGGUCGACCGAGGAAUCUGGGUCGCGGCGUGUCCAAGCCGAAGAAGAACACCGUAGCCUCGCUCCUAGCUCAAAGCAGAGCCCUGGGCAUCAAGCCUACGCCUACCUUGGAUCCUAGCGUGCCAUUGUCUCACCAAGUCUCGUUGCUCAGGUCGAACAUUCUGGCUGCUCAGCUGCACGCCACCACGACCGACGACAAGAGUCAGCGGUCUUUACAGGAGAAGAUGAAGAACAAGCUGCUGGAGGUGUCUGGCGAGGAGAGCAACAUGGACGUGACCAGCGAGAGCGGCAGCAACACCGACGUAGUGACGGACACCGACGACGACAACAUGGACGGUGUGUCCAGCGCGAAGAGAAGAAAGGUCAAGCCCAGCGAGAGGGAUCUCCAGGUCCCGUUGGAGCGUGGUUGGAAACGGGAAACGGUUAUCAAGGGUCUAGGAAAGUCGGGAGUGAUAAAGGGUGACGUGUCUUAUUAUAGUCCUUGCGGAAAGACCUUCAGGAGCAGUCCAGACUUGGCAAAAAACACCGUUUUCCAGUUCUUGGAGCAACAGAAUCCGGCAGAGCUGACGACAGCGAACUUCUCGUUCUCGUCUCGUCCCCUGAUAGGCGAGUUCCUGCAGCCGACAAUGGGUCUGGCGGAGGCGGAAUUCGUUAGGUUGGGCGCUCAAGAAGUGGCCAGAAGGUUGGAGGAGCUCAGAGCCGCGGGUGGUUUCAGGGACGUGCGGACAAACAAUCAGUACGAGAGGGAGAAGCUCGCGUACGCGAAGAAACUGGCCAAGGAGGAAGCUCAGCGACACAAGGAACAAGCCAGGCUGAUCAAGGAGCAAGAGAAAUCGGAACGGCAGGAGGCAGUGAGGCGGGAACGAGAGAUCCGAAAUCAGCAGCUACUCGAGUUCGUUGCGAAGCUUGAAAAAGGCUCAGCCUAUCCUCUUCACAGAGAGACCACGCUACGAACCCAACCACCACCACCACCACCACCACCACCUACUACUACUACUCACCCGAGCUCUAAACAAUUCGCAAACGUCCUCGAACAAAGGACAGGCUACCGAAAAGAACGACCGGUAUCACUCGCACGCGACCCGACACGUAACGAACCGUCGAUUAACACGAUCGAUUAUUGGGCAUCCCUAAACCUACAAACGCAGGGUCGAAAGCGGCUAGCGUUCACGAUCAAGCAGAAAAUGAAGAUCAUCCAAGAGAUCGAACGCGGUAAGAGCAAGAGCGACGUGGCGCGCGAGCUGGGUCUGGCUAGCAGCACUGUGGCCACCAUCUGGAAGAAUCGUGAGAGCAUCGCCGAGAGCUGGAGGAACCGCGACAUGCUGCAACACACCGACCCGGAGGACGCGGUAGCGAAAAAGUCCUGCCUCUCCUCAUCAUCUACGAGCCUGGCGUCGGUCACGUCGCUGGCGACCAGCGCGGUGCUCAGCACAGCCUGCACCACGAACACGACCACCACGUUGCCGGCGGUCGUGGUUGCGCCGCCGUCGGUGCAGGUGGUACCGCCGCCGCCGCCACCGCCGCCGCCACUUCCAUUGCCGACCACCUGCACGACGGUCGCGUCUACAGCACCGUUGCAGACCCAACCCACCACGCAGCCCGUCACGCCAAUCUCCAGCACCGCGUCCACAGGCACCACCACCACCACCAACGCCAGCAUGGACAAUACCCAGCAGGCCCAGACCCAGACGCAAAGUCAGGAGCUUCUGGAGGCUCGGAAAAAACGGCAGGAAGAGGUGGAGAAGAUACGACUGGAGGAGCAACAACGGAAGCAACAGGAACGGGAGCUGAAGCGGCAACAGGCGGUCAUGUUGAAAGAACAGAUGUACAUGCAGGAGCUCACCAAGCAGCGCGAGAUGCUCUACACCGUCGAGCUGGAGAGGGAGAGAAGGAGGCAGCAUAUGGCGUUGGUACGGGCGCUCGAGAAUCGUCGAAAGAUGGAAGAACGUGAAAAGAAACGCUUAGAGGCCAGGGCCGAGAGAAUAGCGACGAAAGAGAAACGAGCCGAGCAGAGAAAAAUGGAGAUGGAGCUGAUCGAACAGAUCAGAAAACCCGUGGAGGAUAUGGAACUGACAGAUCACAGACCACUGCCAGACCUGAAACGAAUACCUGGACUCAAGCUGCCCGGCCAAGCGUUCUCGGACAUUGUCAUGGUAUUCGAGUUUCUGCACAAUUUCGGGGAGACUUUGGGCUUCGACAUGGACUCGCUACCGAGUCUGAAGAGUCUCCAGUUGGCGCUCCUCAACGACGAGGAGGCCGAGGAGGAGAUGCUGUCGGUGAUGACGCAUCUGCUGGUGUGCGCGAUCGAGGAUCCAGGGAUCCCGCAGCCGGCACGUCACACGACAGGGCUCGGUCAGAGUCUGCGACAGGCUGACAUAACGCACGCGAACAUCAGCGAGGUGUUGCGGAUCUAUCUGUACGCGAACGCGACCGGGGAAGUGAAGGCAUUGACCGGCGUCUGUCUCGAACGAGAACGCGACAAGAAGUUCGCCGAUCAUCAUCAAAACGGCGGCGACUACGCCUCGACUUGUUCGGGAAAGAACGCCCAGUUCUACGAACAUCUGCACAAUAACGAGACGUGGAAGAUGUCCGAGAGGCUGAGGGACAAGCCUUUCUUGGCGCUGAAUCCGACGCACAAGGCGCAGAUGCUCGCAUUCCUCUGCAACGAGCUGUUGCAAAACAAGGCUGUGAUCAGGCAGAUCGAGGGAAGCUUAGAGACGGUAGCUCAGCUCAGGAAAGAGAGAUUCGUCUUGGACACCAAGAUCAGGAAACUCAGACAAUUGCACAGUCGAAAGGUCCGUAUGGAAGCGGUCGGCGUGAUCGUGAACAAAACCGGCGACACUAUCACUAUAGAGAAGAAGGAGGUCGACGACGAGAGCAACACGACUUCGACGGCGGUGGGAACGACACCCACGCCGGAUGAGAUUCAUCACGAGGAUGAGGUCGAAGACAUGUCCGAGAACGAGAGCGAAGGGACUCAGCCUGAAGAGGAGGAAGACAAAAAUUUAUCCGGCGAGGAGCUCGGCAAGAAACUGGACAAACUGUUGAAACAAUCGGAGGAGCAACUGCAGAAGCUGAACAGCUCUUCGAAGCAGCUUCGAGCGCACAUAUUCGGCCAGGACAGGUACUGGAGAAGAUAUUGGGAGCUAGCAUGCGCUGGUGGCAUCUUCAUAGAAGCUAUGGAGAGCGCUGAACCGGAAGUUCUGGAGCUGCAGGCCGAGUUGGACGAAAAGUACAAAGACAUGCCAGUGGAGGAGAAGCCCGAGGCGAAGCAAGAGGACACGAAAACGAACACCGAGAACCGGGAGAACGAAGCACCGAACAACGUGAAAGAGGAGAAGAAGUUUAACUCGAACGAGCAAGAGGAGGACGUGAAGCCGCUGGUGGAUAAAGCGAAAUCCGAAAUCGAAGAUAUUAAUUGCAAGAAGGAACACGUGCAGAACUGCGGUUCGGAGAACUCGACGAAGGUAAAAGAGGAGAAGAAGCACGACGUCGACGGUAUGACCGACGCGAAGACCAACGUCACGUCGGAGGAAAUUAAACAGGAGACAGAAGUAGUCAGCAUGGACGUAGACAUGAAAGAAGAAACGAAGAAAGAGCACGAAGACAUGGACGAAGACAUGAAACCAGUUAGAAUAAUGGAAGAUAAAAUUUGUGAGACAAUACCUAACGGUGAUAAAUACAAUCACGUCAACAAUCUUCACAACGGCAAAGAGUUAAAUGGAACAUUUAUUUCCAAUAACAGCAACGAGUUCAAUUGGUUUUCGAUUCUGCCGCGCGAGACAUGCGACACUCCGGGACCGAGUACGAAACAAAUUUUCGGAAUAGCUGAACCAACCGAGCUGAGAAUCCCCGUUUUUCCCCCUCCAGCUAGUCCGAAUUAUGAUAGGUGCGAUAGCCCCGCGCCCUUGAUUUUAACCCAAGACGAAGCGGCACAGCUAGAGUACCUAAAAGUCCACGGUCUACCGCCCCCUGGAGAAGCCAAACCGGUACCAAAAGAUCUACGAUACGGCUGGUGGAGAAUAACGGACGUGGACACGUUUCAAGAGCUGCUGGAACACCUUCAUUCGCGCGGCGUACGCGAGAAAGAACUGAAACGUACUACGUGGGCGACGAUGGAGUCGUUCCUGGCUGUCACAGGCAGGAUCAACGUUGACCCCGGCAAUCUUACUGCCACCGAGAUGCAACAGACCCCCGACGAGCUCGAUACACUCAUUCCUCAACCAGACAACCCGGAAACAUGGAGCGAGCAAGUCGCGUUACGCGUGGACGCGCAGCUUUUGGAGCAGGUCGAGGCUCUCGAAGACAAGGUCGCCAAUGCCAGCAUGCAGGUCAAAGGCUGGAAGCUUCCUCCGCGGGCGGGAACCGAGGAGGCCGAAGAAAUCGAAAAGUUGAACGAAAUGGAGAAGAUCAGUGCGGUAGAACAGGCACGACAAAGGUUACUGUCUCUGGAAGCCGCCAUUGAGAGGAGAUACUUGAAGCCACCGUUAGGUGUUUGCACGGGGGAUCCAAAUUUGGCAGCGUUGAAGGCAGAACAAGCAGCGGCCGCAAACGCCAACUCGAAUAACUCAGAUCCGAGCAAUCAGACGCCGGCGCCUCAAGAAGAAACAACACCGAGAGGGCUGAACAACUGGCGUGAUGCAACAGCUCGAGCUCACACGUCGGCUCAGCUCGCCAUGGCACUUUACAUGUUGGAGGCAAGCAUCGCCUGGGACAAGAGCAUCAUGAAGGCUGUGAGUCUAACACCAGCUAGAAACUCGAUCUGCGUCAAGCUACGAAACCGCUGCGUCUCACUCAAAGCUACCAAUCAGUACAAUCAGCUAUUGACUACUUCUCAGGCCUCUAAUUGUCAGUUUUGUCACAGCGGAGAUAACGAAGACAAAUUGCUACUGUGUGAUGGCUGUGACCGCGGCUACCAUACUUACUGUUUCCGUCCAAAAAUGGAAAACAUUCCUGAUGGUGACUGGUAUUGUCACGAAUGCAUGAACAAAGCAACAGGGGAACGAAAUUGUUUGGUAUGUGGAAAAAGAGUUGGUAAAAACUUAGUGCUAUGUGAACUCUGCCCACGUGCUUAUCAUACCGACUGCCACAAUCCUGUUAUGCCAAAAAUGCCAAGGGGAAAAUGGUAUUGUUCUAAUUGCCACAGUAAACAACCAAAGAAGAGAAAUAGUAGUCGAAGGAGUCAUACCAAAGGCGGAGGCACCAGAGAAAGUGAAAGUUCUGACCAUCCACCAGCUAGUCCAACGCCGUCAACGGCAUCGAACACGCACGUAGAGGACGUCAGUUCGUCGGAACCGGCAACCCCUACCGCCUCGCCACGGAAGGAGGGAAACAAUAGGACGCUCACGAAGAAACAACAACGAGAGCUGGCUCCUUGUAAGAUGCUACUCGAACAGUUGGAGCAACAGGACGAGGCCUGGCCGUUCCUCUUACCGGUGAACACCAAACAGUUCCCGACCUACAAGAAAAUCAUUAAAACGCCCAUGGAUCUCAGUACGAUCAAGAAGAAAUUGCAGGACUCCGUGUACAAGUCUCGCGAAGAGUUUUGCGCCGAUGUCAGACAGAUGUUCAUCAACUGCGAGGUAUUCAACGAGGACGACAGUCCCGUGGGGAAGGCCGGACACGGGAUGCGCAGUUUCUUCGAAAUGCGUUGGACCGAGAUUACCGGGGUGCCGCCAGCGCAGCAGCACCCACAAACGCAUAGCUGAGGAUCGGUUCGAUCUCGCAACACCUGCAACAGUUUUGCCCACUUCUACUACUAAGAGAGGUAGUGUGUCCAUGGAACAAUCGCCUGGGAGUCGUCCAAGAGUGACCGAAACCGAGACCUUCGUUCCCAUGCAUUGUCGACCUCGUUCUAGCGGUCGACCGAACGCAAACUCGAUAGAAACUCCGUAUACGCGGGCAAUAUCAACGUGCGCGCGCUCCGUUCGCCUCCCCUGAACCCUCCCGACGCUCGUUUCUCGCUGUGAUCGACGCUCGCGUGGGCGCUCCUCGUGUUCUAAUCUACUCGAUGGUCGAAUCUUAAGGUCGUCGCACGCUUCACUACGCAGCGAACGAACAGCAACGAUUGCCAGCAUAUUUCUCUAUUAGGGCGUGGAGACCAUAAAUUAUUGCGCGUUUCGGUAGUCGCUUAGCUUCCUAGUCGUUUCUAAAUCGUCCAUCGAAAUGAAAUAGACGUCCUGACCCUCUAUAACCGAUGCUAACGUUUGCUUCUGGGGGGAAUAUAGUAAGUCCUCGACUUUCACAAUUCAUUUUUUCCUGCGAUUUCUUUGCAAGUUAAAUUGUAUGAAUGUGAUGUAUUACUAGGAGAAGAAAAGAUGAGUCACACGCUAAGAGUAAUGUGGUACCGUGAAUGAGGGGGACAAUUUUGAGUAACUCUGUUGCUUGCAUAAAUUGUUAGCCACGGACCUUACGAAGGCUGACUGAAACGCUCAAUAUCGCAAUUCUUUCUCUUUACAAUACAUCUGAUAUACAAUCUUUGGUUCGGGAGUUAAUUAAAAUUGCACAGAUCCAUAUAUGGAAACUAAAGAGAAGAGGAUAUUGGUGUAAUAUGUAUAUACAUACACGUACACAAAAUAUGUAUAAAGACUUGAGUGGGAGCGUAACCGCGUAACUCGAGGACUUGCUGUAUCGAUAAACAAUUGCAUUUGUAUUUAUUUUUAUUACUCGGUUUGUUUAUUUUUAGGACUAGUUGCAAAGACAACCAAGUCGUUAGCUGUUUCCACGUCGUUAUUGAAAAUGAAAUUGGAAUUCUGUAAUUCACUGCAUAAUACUUUGAGUAUAAUUCCAUCAACUAAUGGCACUUUGCCUUGACUUUUUGCAUUCAGAGAACUAGCAUAGUCUUGCGGAAGAAUGUAAUUAUCUUCAAAAUGAUGGUAGAAAACCAUAGAUCAUCAAGCUUGAAAUUAUGUUUUAUUGCAGCUAUUACUUAAUGAAUUAAGGUUUUGAAAUGCGCAAUAUUUUCUGGGACACCCUAAUACACAAUUUAAAUACGAUUAUGCUCGUUUGUCGACAGCAACGCUACCCAUCCAUACGAAAUGUCGAUGAAAUUAGUAAAAAAAAAAAUUACAUAUAUCUUCUAAACGCGUAACAAAAGUUCAAUGAAAUAUGACUCACGGAACAAUAUACGAUAUGGAGCAUACACAGUGAUGUGAAUAAUUUUAAUUUUUAAUUUUUUUUUAUUUAAUGGCUUAGUCUUAUUAAAAAGCUAAAACAGAAUUGCAAGAAAUACGAUUGAAGUUCAACCAACAAGGUUAUGUCGCAAUCACGUUAUAGCAAAUACACAAAUCAUUAUUACGAAUUCUAUACAUAUGAUUGAAAAAACUCAAGACUAACUAUGAAACCAGCUUUAGUGAUUGUGAAGAAAAACAGGCUCAAGAUGUUUGGUCACUACAUUUGAAGUAUAGAUGGAUAUUUAGAGUCACACUGCUUGUGCCUCUUUCAUAUAUAUUUAUUUGAUUGUUAUAUUUUAAUUACAUAUUUAACAAUGUCUUAAGAUUAAAAUUAAUAACCGUUUCAAAAUUUACAAGUAUAUAUGCCUCCUUAAUGUAUUGUUCAAUGGUCUGUUGACCCUAUGUGGUUAACAAAAAGGAGAUUAAAUCGAUUCAAUUAUGUACAGGGUAUAUCAUAACAUUUGGGAGCCAUUUUGGUGGUAGAUUGGUAACAUAAAAACAAUGUAAAUAGUUUAAAAACCACAGAAUCAGGCUUUCUUUCAAUAUUCAUUUUUAGAAAGGUGUUAAACUAUCCAUUUCAUUACCUCAAUACCUCCAGAGAUUAAAUACUUCUGAUUGUUUCUAACACAUAAAAAAUUACAGAAAUAUAGAUAUAUUAAGUUCUUGUAUUACAUAAGAGAACAAAAUAGACUACCUUAUAGAAUAACACAACCAACAAUAGAAUCAAUUAUAGACGGUUAUAACUUAGGAACAAUAUCAAAUAUGGAAUAUGUUUAUAUGAACUUUCUGCAUUGUUUUUAAUUUCCAAGACCCUCAUCAAUACAACUUUCACAUAUUAUGAUACACUCUGUAUAUACUUUUGUAGAACCAUAAGUUGUGAAAAGUAUAACAAUAUCAAAGCAGAAGGGAAACCCUGAUGCAAGAUAGCAUAGUUUUCAAACAAUUAUCUACAUGUAUAUCAUAUAAAAUUCAUGUUUUGGUUUUUUUAAUAGUAGACUUUUAUAUACCCAUUAGUAUAAUUUUCUCCUUUCUUCUUUGUCCGGUAAUAUGAAUAUCAUAGCUAUUUCCUCCAGUAUAAAUUUUGCUAUGAACUACUUGCAGAGAUUCAAUAAAACAGAGUAUACUGAGCAAUGUUCACAAUAUGAGAGGAAUCUGUUUGUUUGUCAAUACAAUAUCCUGACCAAUAGUGAAAUAACUUUAUCUCCAAUGCAACACUGGCUCCUUUCUUGCAGUUAAAUAAAAACUUAUAGAUUUCAUGUGGAGUGGUUUGGGAAAGACUAUGUCCUCAGAACUGGCCCCUCCAAUAAUGUUUUAACCCUUUUUCCAUUUAGAAUGCUAGUAAUGCAAUGUAUAAAUUUACGAAACGUAAAAUCUGACAAAUUCUGUAAAGUAAUAAAUCGAUGUAUAUCCUUUUCACAGCAGACAAGUAAUCGUGUACUUUUCAUGAAAAUUCUGUUUUCAAACGCCGAGUUGGCGUGAAAAAAAAGCGUUAAAAACAAUUAUCGGAUUAAAGAAAUAUAUGGAGAGUGAUGGGGUUGGUUCUGUUGCAAAUAGUGCUAAUACGUGAUACGCGCGGCUCGGAAGUUACCAUUCGUUCGCUUUGUCAAAGCGUGUGACAACUUUUGAUUGUUUCGAUAUUCUUGGCGAAUGUUUUUUAAAGGCUUGUACGUUACCUUUCCGUAUCAUUCAGCGAGAGGAACUUUUCGAUACUCGUCGAGAAUGCUUCCGCCAAACGAAUUUCCAUUUAACCUCGCAGGGGUUGUUGGCACGCGAUGUGGUUAAUUCGGGAAGCUUUAUCGACGAGGCACCGGAAGUCGCACGAGACAGAAAUCCAACGCGGUAGAUUACGUUUCGCGAUUCUGGAGCUUCUCGAGAGACCGACGCGAUUCGCGGACGGGAGACGUUUUAACUUCCGUUUUGCGUGGCGAAACCGAACAGGAAGGAAACACGAUGUGCGAAAUGGUCACUGUACUUACCGAGAAUUAACGAGUUAAAUUUUGCCUAAGCGAACACACGAUGUAAUUUGCGAUUGUAUUAUACAGGCUUAGCGUCGAAGAGUCGGCAAAAGAAAUAUUUUGCAAAUUAAUGAAUGUGAGAGAAAAAAAUAAAAAAAAAAAAGCAGAAAAUAUGUGUAUGUACGUACACAUGAAUGUAUAAAUAUGAAUAUAGUGUAUAUGUAUACUAUAUAGAUAGUCACAUGAAAACAUUGCAACACUCACACGCGAACACAUUUGCCCACGAAAACGUCAGCACGAUGAAAGGGGUAAUAUUUGCUGCAGAGUAAGAUACAAUAGAAUGACAAACGGAGUCAAUCUUCCAAUUAAGGACGAAGUUAAUGCCAUUCCACGAAUUCUUUUCCCUUUUUUUUUUCUUUUUGUUCCUCGUUCGCUUUGGCCUUUGUUUGCACUAAAAUCACGAGUGAACAAAUGCUCAUCGGUUGGACUGGAACGAUUGCAAUAAAUAAAACCGAUAGAUCGACGCGGACGUUGACUAAAGGAACUACAGUAUUUUAAACAUGUCCGAUACAAUUGGGCUUUUCGUUAGGCGGAACAGGCGUUGCUUUAUGUUGAAAACCUUUAAUCGCAGUGUGAUUUGGUCCUCUUUAAGGGAAAAAUACAACUAUCCUAUUUUCUUUUUUAUUUGUUAUAUGAAUUUAUCGCGAGAUGAAAUAAAUUAGAAAAACAUGUAAAGUACAAGUAAAUAAUUAUAAAGAUGAAUACACUUCACUUCAUAUAUGAAACUGUAUAACAAUUUGCUUCAUACAGAUAUAAAUAUUAUUUUAAAUUAUAUUUUUAUUUAUCACCAAAAGAGACCAAAAUACUGUGGUCAAAAGCUUUCAAAAGAAAGACAUCCUUGUUCAGAGCAGCGAACAGUCUAAUUUCAUUCAGCAAACAAUCAAUUACUUAAAUCAUUUACAUUUCACAAUAAUAAUCGUUAACAUGUACAGUGCAACGUUGCUUCCGCCGUUGGAAAGCAUACAUUGUUUACAGUCAUUAUUUUAUUCACUGCCGAAACGAACUUCCUAAUAAGCAAUAUGUGACAGUGUUGGGCAAAUUUAAAUUAAAGUUUGACGAAAUUGUUAGUCACUUGCAUCAUCGACUGAGUUAAUAAAUUAUUCUCGACGUCGAGUCGAGAACAUUGGAAAUUUCUGUAUCGUACAUUUACAAACUUCAACUAUUUCAGAAUAUAUUCUUGGGGAUUUAUUUUGAAAGUCUGAAGAAUGUUUUUGAUCUUGAGGAAUAUAUUCUUAAAUAGUUAAAGUUUGUAAAUGCGUGAGAUAGAAAUUUUGUAGAUAAGAACUAAUAAUUUAAUUAACGACGGCGACUAACUUAACAUAAUCAAUAUCGUCGAUUUCUCGUGGUUGAUGGAUUUCAGUAACCGAUUAAUUCCGGCUAAAUUUUUUUCCGAUUACCAUCUGUUCGAGAAAGAUUUAGUCGAUCGAUGCCCAACCCUGAGGAUGCGAACACAAGUGCAACCUUUGUAAACACUUACGAAUACGUGGCUGGUAAACACGAAUUAUUUAACAAUGCGUAAUACUCGAUGCACAAAGAAUUGCGAGCAUUCCCCACAUUUUUCGUUCCUUCGCGAUUGUAUUCCGACAAAUGUAAUUCCUCAUACAUAUUUCGAUAUCAUGUUCGUAAGCAAUAUCGACGAAUUCGAUGGGAAUCGUCAGCGAUUGCGUGCACGUCGUCGAAUGGCAAGUCGUUUUUAACGAAGAGUUGCGUGUCUCGUGGCAGAGCGAUCGUGUUUACGUUUCUCGAGAAUGAACGGCAGUUUUAUACUCCGUGGCGCCCAAUUAGUGUCGCAUACGACGUGUAAGUGUUCUCGAAUUUUUAUCCGCGGCGAGCUCCCCGCGACAGGACCUCGUUAUUUAUCGAUCAUUGUUCGCGUAGCGUUGGGAGAUUUUUUAAGCGACGUUCGAUUUCGAAUAAGGUCUAGUAAACGUAAUUGUACAUCACGCGCGUUUGUACCCGUGGUGAGAAACGACGGGGGACACACAUUUUAAACGGAUUCUAUAUCGCGCGUCACAGCGUCCUAAGAAGAGGACGCAUGGACAAUGGCGUUGGUAGUAAUUUCUUGGAUUUCCCAGUAAACCCCCCCGCGGUACCUUUAUACGCGAAGUGCGAUCAUCGUGCGACGAUGAAAACGAUCGACAAGAAACGUUCACGGUAAUUCUUGUUUCUUUUCUUUGUUUCCUUUUUUUUUUCGUUUUUUUUUUUUUUUUUUUUAAUGUAAUUGAUGUACAUUAUUGCUCGUAAUAGCGGAUAGGUUUACGUAAUAAGGAGGAUUAAAGGGGAGAGAGACGAAGAUGUGGUUCGGUCGUAGUGAUUGUGCUAAACAUUCGUAGUUUGUAAAAGUAUUAGCUAGAUUGUAAAAGAGAAAUGCGGCGUGAAACGACUACGAGAUAAACGAUAAUUAUAAAUAAUGUGUACGGGGUGCGGCUGAACACGCGAACGCGAAUGCACGCCGUGUGCCGUCCUGACGCGAUCCAGGAACGUUCGAAACCGGUAAGAUCGUAACGAGUAAAACGCGCGUUCAUUGACUUCUAACGUAAAACGCUUACUUUGUUAUUUAAUUCGAGAACGCAACCCGACAUACGCUUUGUUUUUUCUUGGAAUUUUUGCGGAGCGGACGAUCAUCGAUCGUCUCGCGCGCCUAUUUCAUUUUAUUUCCUGUAGACGAUCGCCGGUUCCUGUAAGAACGAACGACGAAGCUGUAUUAAUAUUUUUUUUUUUUUUGAUUUGUGAGCGCAACAUCGGGGCAUUUCGCGAUCUUACCGAAUAGUUCUUCGGGAUCGUACGUCGAGACGCGAACGUACGCGACGAAGAUGGUGUAACGUCACUUUAUGCACGCCUUGCACCCUCGUAUUAUAGCCGAUGCAUUAGACAUCUCAUACAUUCAGACACACCCACCCGCCACCAACAAGAACAACAAGAACAAAUAAUUUUUUAAGAUUCAAUUAUUAUUUAAAUAGUACAGUUAUAUUGUUAGUAUGAAUAACGACGCUUUUUAUACGAAUUUUAGUUUUUAACGUCGAUCUUAUGAUAUAUUAUAUGGUAUAAUGAUAAUGACAAUGGUAAUAACAAUAACGAUAAAAUGAUAUCGAUAAUGGAACAGAUUAAAGAGAAACGGAAAAAAUGCGCAAAUGAGAAAAAGGGCGUACGAGAAAACGAUAGAGAGAAAGAUAGAGAGUGAGUGUGUGAGACAGAAAGGGUAUCGAGAGAGAGACAGAAAGAGAGUGUGUGUUUAAGCUAGAUGAUUGUCUAUAGUAUAAACGAAGGCAUACGUUAGGUAGCCUCGAUGCUAUUUAAACAGACUUAAUUAAUGUAUUGCAAAUGAAUUAAUAAAGUGUAAG